AUGCCUCUUACAGAUUUUACCUAUUAUCGGCUGAGCCGGUCCUUUCACAGAGACAGUGGCAAAUUCUCCCUUGGAGAUGCCAGUUUGGAAUCGUCCAGAGCUCUGGCCAGGAAGAGCCUGCAGCCAAUCAUCUGUAUGUUGCUGGUGGAACUGUGUGAGAGAUUCACCUUUUUUGCUACUGUGUGCAACAUGAUCCUGUUCUGUACAUUGAAGCUUGGCUACCAGUACCACCAGGCAGCCAUUGCCAACCUCUGCUUUGUUGGUGCCUCCACAUUAAUGCCUGUCCUUGUUGGCUGGGCUGCAGAGCUGAUUAAUAGAAGAACAAAAAUCAUCUACCUCUGCACAUUCCUGCACUUUGCAGGAACCAUCAUGCUGCCUGUAGUUGCAUUUCCUUUUGAAGAUUUUUACAUAGACAAGCAUCACAUUGCCCACACCCUGGCCAGGAAACACCAGACGCUCCUGUUCUAUGCCGGAUUAAUUAUGGCGGCCAUUGGAACUGGAGGCAUUCGCUCCAUUGUCUGCCCAUUCAGUGCCUACGGUCUGCAGAGCUACAGACAGAAGGAAAUGAUGUCAUUCUUUAACUGGUUUUACUGGCUGGUGAAUGUGAAUUGUCUGGUCGUGUUUUUGGGCAUUUCUUACAUCCAGCAGUCGGUGGCUAAGAAUCUUGGAUUCCUCAUCCCCUUCGUGUCGGUGGUCAUGGCGCUGACCACCAUCCACAUGGCGCGCAAUGAGCUCAUCUACCAGCCGGUGAAAGGCGGCUCUCUGCUCACCACGGCUGGCGUCUUCCUGAACGCGGUAAGAAUGUGCUGUGUUCACUAUCGGCACGUCGGUGGACGCGUCUCCUCCUGGCUGGAUCGUGCUAAGGAGCAUAAUGGCGGCCGCUACAGCGAGUACCACGUGGAGAACACGAAGGCGCUGAUGAAGCUUCUGCCGCUCUUCACCAUCCAGAUUGUCUACCGAAUUUGCACCUCACAGGUCUCUGCUGGAUUCUUCAUUCAGUCAAUGAAUUCGAACUUGAGUGUGAGCGAAGUUCUUCUGCCCAUCGCAGCCAUGAAAAUUAUUAGCAUUAUUCCGCUGUUAAUAAUGGUUCCCUGUCUAGAGAGCGCCAACGCAUACCUGUCCUCCAGACGUGGCUGUGGACUGCGGCCCUCGACAUCUAUGGUUUGUGGCCAUAUUGGAACCGCCAUGUCGUUGCUGGUCGCUGGCAUCUAUGAGAUCCAUCGCAAGUGGUUCCCCAUGGUGGAGCAGACGUUGUCAGGGAAAGUCUUACUGGUGUCGUCCAUGUCUUGCCUACAUCUGGCCCCUCAGUAUGUCCUGCUGGGACUGGCGGAAGCCCUGGUGGUCCCGGCCUGUUCCGCGAUAACCCUCGGGCUGGCACCUAACCGUAUCCGUGGGAUCUGCAUGGCGGUGAUGACUCUAUUCCAGGCGCUUGGCUGCUUCAUAGGGGCGAUGCUAAUUGUAGUCACGUUUCUAUUAUCUGGAGGUGAUUGGUACCCAGGAACCUUAUCAGAUGGUCACCUGGAAAGAUUCUUCUUCAUGCUGGGCUCUGCGGCGCUCCUGAAUUCUUUUCUGCUCUGUCGUAUUUCUCACAGGUAUGACCAUCUGGAGGAAACAAAUGAUCCCGGAUUGCAUCCAAGUCUCUUUGAGGAGAAGUUGCUACUUCAUGAAAAGUCACUCCGCUAUUAUGAGACUUUCCUAGAUUGGCCACCUACAUUCGCUCCUGUGGAGACAACAUUGUUUUUGGACACUUUGGUAGAGCCAAUCACAGUGAACUUUAAAACGCAUAUGUUUUAA